GCUCGAAUAGCUUGCCUGCGGAUCACAGGCUCGUUAUCAGACAUAACAUUACUAGUAAACUAACGUGCAAUAAAUUCAAUAGCAAUAUAGUCUUCGUCCCCAUUGUUUCCAUGUUGCCUUGUCCCAUUGUAUCUCUCUCCAAUGGACAGAAAAUUCCGAUACUUGGUUUAGGGACAUCGCAUCAUGGUGGCUACUCCCACGAGGCAGUCGUUUAUGCUCUUCGGGAUUGCGGUAUUAGACACAUAGACACCGCCAAGCGUUAUGGGUGCGAGGAGGCUUUGGCCAAGGCAGUGGCCGAGAGCCGAGUGCCACGCGAUGACCUCUGGAUCACCACGAAGCUCUGGCCUUACGACUACGGGUACCACAGUGCCAAGCAGGCUUGCCUGGCUUCUUCGGCCAGGCUUGGAGUGGACUACUUGGACUUGUACCUAAUGCACUGGCCUGACUGCAUGGUUCCAGGCCGCUCUAACAGGGAUGUUCGAGCAGAGACAUGGAGAGCACUGGAAGACAUGUAUGAUGAAGGACUCUGCCAUGCUAUUGGAGUGAGUAACUUCCUAAUCUCACACCUUGAGGAGCUAAAGGAUGACUGCGGCAUUGUGCCUCACGUCAACCAGGUCGAGUUUCACCCCUUCCAGCAGCCUUGGGAUCUGGUGCGGUAUUGCCAGAAGGAAGGCAUAGCAUUCCAGGGCUUCUGCCCCCUGGCCAAGGGCCAGGCUCUCAGCCACCCGCUCAUCCUAGGGCUGGCUGAGAAGUAUGGCCGCAGUGCCUCCCAGAUCUGCAUUGGCUGGAGCAUUCAGAAUGGGGUCAUUACAAUCCCAAAGUCCACCAACCCACAGAGGAUCUUUGAGAACUGCCAGGUGUUUGGGUUCCAACUGGAAGAGAAAGACAUGGCACUUAUUGGCACCCUACACGAUGAGAGGCAUGUGAGCUGGGACCCAACCCUGGUGAAAUGACCACGCUGGUGUGUGUUGAUAGUGGCAUGGCAUUGGGUUCAAAUGCAUCCUUUGCACCACUCUAUAGAGAAGUGGCACCAAAGGAACACUUCACCUGAUAAAUGCAACCUACACCAAUAUGGAAUGUAAAUUAUAUGCAUUAGUUCAUUCACUUACAUGUCAUUUACUAAUGUUCCUUUAUAUCUAAACUUAACACUCUGUUGCGUUGUAGAUACAGAGCAAUACAUCCACUAAGUGUUUUCCAAAGUUUUUUGCUCUCAAAAAUAUAAACCUGGACUGGUUUUUCCCAAAAGCAUCAUAACACAAAGAACAUCUUUAAACAGUAGAGAGAGUAUUAUAUUGAACACUACCAUGCUUUUUGGAAACGGCUCGAAACAGUGAAGAUGAAUGAAGAAAAUGAACAUAUUUUACAUAGAAUUAAGUUGCCAGUUCUGAGCUUUUUGUUUUGUUUGCAGGUUUUUGGGUACAUGCUAUCAGAAAAGGACAUGGCUAAUAGUGCACAGCUACACAAAGCUUAUUCAUCUCAGUUACCCACUCUGGAAAGA